AUGGAAAAUCCACAUGGGAACAAUGAGGGAAUUCCCCCUCCACCUCCACCUCCAUUAAAUCAAGACCAAAUCAUUCUCCAACUACAACAAGAAAUGGCGGAGAUGAGAAGGGAAAGAGAGGAGGAAAGGAGGCGAGAGGCUCCGGUUAGAGACGCAUUUGGGAACGUCAAUAUCCCACAUCCACCCUAUGAUACAAGGGUGAAUGCCAACAAUUUUGAGUUGAAGACAGGAUUGAUUCAAUUUGUGGAGCAACGUGUUUUCUCGGGAAGGCCCACGGAGGAUCCUAAUAGGCACUUAUCUAAAUUCUUAGAGAUUGCCAAUACAACUAAGCUUAAUGGGGUUCCCGACGAUACAAUCAAACUUAGGCUAUUUCCAUUCUCAUUGUCGGGAUAUGCUAGAGAUUGGUUUGAUAACCUUGAGCCGGGCUCGGUUACAAGUUGGGACGACUUAGCCCAAAAGUUUUUGGAUCGAUUCUUCCCUCUAAGCUCCACUCUCAACCUCCAAGCAGAGAUCUCCCACUUUAAAAUGAAGGGCCAAGAGUCUAUGUUCGAGGCUUGGGAGAGAUUCAACGCCUUGCUAAAGAAAUGCCCCAACCAUGGGUUAUCUCCGGGCCAUCAAGUGAGCCUCUUCUACAAUGGAUGCUCGGAGUUUAUCAAGAGUCAAUUAGACUUUGGUUCGGGGGGUUCAUUCUUGGACAAGGGGGUCGAGGAGUGCAAGAAGAUGCUUCAAAGGCUUGCCUAUACUAGCAAGGGUUGGAGCUCGGGCCGAGAUAGUUCAAUGCCGGUGGCUUCGGUUGUGGAUUCGGAUGCAUUCAAUCUUCUCAACCAACAAAUGAUGUUGUUGAAUCAAAAGGUGGAUGGCCUUAGUUUGGGAGUGGCACCUAUGGGAGAGCCUUUACAUACCGUGGAAGAUGUCAAUUAUGUGCAUCAAGGAGGGAAUCAAAGGAACUUCUACAACUAUCGCCCUAACAAUGGGGGUGGUAAUUACCAAGGCUAUCGCUCACCCUUCAAUGCACAUCCAAACCUUUCUUAUGGCAAUCCAAACAAUGCUAUCCAACCACCUCCACCACCUCGUUUCCCUACACCUAGUGGGUCGACAAGUGGGGCCGCUAAUGUGCCCACCAAUUCUAAACCUUCAAGUGAUGAUGUCACCCAUGAGCUUCUGAAAGCUCUAAUGGAGAAGACCGAUGGAAUCAUGACACAAUCUACUAAGAGAAUUGAUAAGGUUGAGACGGCGGUAGUGGAGGUCACCACGAGAAUGGGGGCUUUGGAACAUCAAAUGAGUCAAAUUGCCCAAGCCGUGGGCCAACUUCAUCAACCGGGGCAAUUCCCAAGCAACACCAUUCCUAACACAAAGGAUUGCAAGGCUAUCAAUUUGAGGAGUGGAACAAGCUAUAAGAGCCCCCCUAUGCCCGAAAAGGAAGCUAUUGUGCAACCCGAAGAAGAAGAGACAAUAGAAGUGGAGGCAUCAACGAAGAGCCCACCAAAAGAUCAAGCCGAGACAAUAGUUCCUCCUAAGCCCACGGAAGAAAGUUCAAAUUAA